CUCGUCAUUGUUUUCUUGCUUAGCUAAACUUAUGAUCGAUUGUUCAGUUUUUGAAGCCAUUAUACGCUAUAAAAAUGGGCAAUUUUGUGAAUACUUGCUUUGAAAUUUUCAACUUGUCGCCAUAUUUGCAGUAAGGUUUUUAAACGUUUUGGCGGGAAACCCAGGUUGCACUGAUCUCAAUAGUAAGACUGAAUGAAGAUCCUUUCAAAGUCAUAUUCUUUAGUUUAUGUUUACAUUCACAAAUCGAAUCUUUGGGAGUUUAAAUUAGUUUUACUACCAAGAAUAUUAUCUUUGUCUAUGUAAGUCGAAAAAUAUAGCACCCUCGAUCCACCUCUAUUGUUGAGUUUUAUUAUAAAACGCAGAGAUUGAAUUGUAGCUCAAGCUUGGUUGUUAUGGUAACAGAAUAGCGUCAUAAAGAAUAACAAAUAUGGCGGACGUUAGCAGAAAAACUUCACGUUCGAAAGAACGAUUGCAAACAAAGCAAUCUAAUUUACAGCAAUCUGAAGUGGAGACUAGUGAAAGCAAUAAUAUAAUGUCUGGGGUAGGUUAAUUACAAACAAGGAAUCGUAGCCGUUACAAUAAAACUCAAUUUACAAAGUUUGUCCCUUGCAUUCGUCUGAUAUAAUUUUGGAGAGUUGUACAGUAUUAAAACAUGUUCUUUCUGCACAUGCUUCAUCGUUAAUUUACAGUAGUUUAUGUGUAUUUAAGACAUUUUAUUGUUAUGGAAUUUCAUGUAUAUUACUACUUGCACCAAUUUUAUAUAGCCAUCAUGAAAUUUUGAUGAACUACCGAACUACUUGAUGAACUAUUUCUUCCAUUUUAAGGAGAGUGCUGUUGAAAAUCUUGUUUGGCAAGAUUUGAAUGAAGCACAAAUUAUUUCGUUGAUUGCUCUUACACCACAACAGCUCGAGUCGUAAGUUUAUUCCAUUGUAGAAAAGUUAAUUAUUCUUAAAUAUUACCAAUUCAAAUGAACACAAAUCCAUCAUCUACAACACCGUGUUUCUCCUUAUAGUAUUUUGAUUUUUUAGAAAAAUUGCUGAAAGAUUUUCUUUCUACAAAUACAACAUAUGUUUGAAAGAAGCCUGUCUAGUAGAUUUUUAUGUUUCUGCAUUUUGGUAAGUUGAAUAUAUAAUGAUUUAAUGUUGGAUAAAUCAGAGUUAUAAAUCAUAUUUUAUUUAAUUAAUACUAAAUAAUGAAUUUUUGCUUCUGUUUAGGUUUGCAAAACAAUCCAAAUUUACCACUGAACAAAUAUCAGCAUUCUUUUCACUUGUCAAAAUUCUGUUAGAAAACAUAAGAGGUUCGGUACAAUAAUUAAUUAUUCAGUUCAUUCAAAGUUCUCUAAGACUAAGUUUGACCACUUGGAAGCAUACCCAAAUUCAUGAUCGUCCAGUUUUAUUUGUUGAACACAUGGGCAUUCGUGAAGUUUCAUCAUCGAUUCCCUUCAGUUUCUGUUUAUCCAAUUUUCAUGCGCAUCCUGUGGCUGUUUGAAAGCAAGGGAAGAAAUAUGCAAAUUUGAAUAAUAAGCGUCCGAACUGUAAACCGCGUUUAAUCUUUCCACUCUCUGAUCCGAGUUGACGUCAUCCAUUUUUCAUCUCACUAUCUACAGAUCUUUGUCAAAAUUGGCCUCGGAGUUGAAAUCUCCAUGUUCAAAUUAGUGUAUACCGAAAUAUUCACGAUAUUUCAACAUUCUGCGUAAAUCACGCUCUGAAUGUCCGAACGUGAAAUUUUCGGCAUGGACUAAGUUGAGCACGAAGAUUUCAAUUCUGGGUGAUUUCAAUCAUUUCUGAAAUUAAAUAGUUUUUCAAAUAUGAAAAAUGGAUAACGCGAACUCGGAGCGGAGAAUAUAUAAUUGUAGAUUAGAAACUCUUUUAUUUUAGACGAGAAAAUGUCAAUAGGGAAGAAUAUUUGUCAAAUGAAGAGAUAUAUGGGAACCUGUUCAAAUUCUGACGAAGCUAAAUCACCAUUGUUUAGUAUCUAUCUAACAAAGUUAAUUUCCGAUUAUAUUACGGAGAGGUAAGACCCAACCAUUGAGCAUUUUAUUCUCACUUGUACCUAAUGCCCAAACAACUUUAUUCUGCAGCCAAAUGACAAAUUUUAGCAUUAAACCUUUGGUUAAAAGACACCAUUUUAAUCUGUAAGCGUUGUUGAAGCCAUGCAGUGUAACAAAUGAACUGAAAAACUGUAAUAUUCUUCUGUAGUCUUUUUCAACACUACAAGCUUUACGAACUUCUUUUCUCGCAAGCCACAGACGAACCUGUGAUAAAACAAAAAGUAAGUAUAAAACACCGCAUAUUUCUUAACACAAUCAUGUAAAAAUCACACACCUUGUCAAAGAGAAUAUGCGUUUGCUACAAACUUGCUGCAACCAAUGUUGAUGGUAGGGUAUAGUGAAAGUCAAAUCUGAAUCUGUCAUAUCAUCGACAUUCGACAACACUGACUAACGAGGCACCAGUAAGGAUUUGAUUUGGCUUUUUUGAAUUACUUCCUGUUUUUUCAAGUUAUUGGUUGAAGUGCCACCCAUGGCAGAUGUUCCAUUCCCGCCACCGCUUGAUGAAGGUUUACCUGAGGAAAUACACAGUAAACAUGUCCUGGGAUUGAGACACUCAAAUAUGAAUGUGAAUGAUGUAAAGGUAGAACAUACAUGUAGUUAAUACUUACUUGUUUUGCCAGUCCUUGGUACCAUACCAUACCACACCAGUUAGUUCAGUUAAUUUUAGACCAGUUUUAAAAUAGGACCAUACUACCACACACAAACCAUACCAUAGUACCAUGCAAAUUACAUCAUAUCAAACCUUUUUCCUUAUCAUGAGUUGCUAACAUAAAAUCUCUUCUGAUGUAGGAAACACAAGCUGCAAUUGAUAUACAGGGUACGUAAUUUACAUGCUGUACUGCAAUUAUGAAUGAUUCCCCCAUAUCACACUCCACAGAUUGACAAAGAUUGAAUGUUUCUCCGUAAUGCCACAAUUUGCUUGCCAGUGGAAACGCUAAAAAGCUCUCGGGAGAAAACCAACGCAAUGGCUAAUUAAUUUAAUUAUAUUGCUGAUGAAACAAGGUUUGUUUUUUAGACGACAUUGAAGUUAAAAAUGAUGAAAUUGCUGACGAAGGUUGCACACAGGAGACAUUAUUUAGUUCUCUUAAACCUGACGAAAUGAAACAAGUUUUGAAAGAUGUGUCUGAUGGAAUUCUUAACGAAGUUAAGGUACACAUAUUGACAUAUAUGCUUUAUAAAUUCGUUGAAAUAAAAUAUAAUAAAAAUGGAUUAUAAUGUUGUGAUAUUGAAGUAUCCGAGACAGCUGAAGUAUGAAGGAUAUACAACUACCUGGAAAAUAUUGAAAACUUUGACGUUUCGAGCGAAGGCCCUUCGUCCGUUCGUUAGUGAUUAUAGUACAGUACAAUCAACACAACACAACACAACACAACACAACACAACACAACACAACACAACACAACACAACACAACACAAAAAAUAUACACCACAACACAAUGACAGAUAAAUUUAAUACUAAUAACGACUUUUUUCAUUGCAGAACAAUGUGCAAAAGAAACUUAAAGAACGAGAAUCAACCAUAUUAACAAAAAUGACAAAGAAAUAAUUAUUUUGCAUACAUGCAUAUAUAUAUAUAUAUAUACCCUGUAUUAUACUUAUAGUCUCAUUUAUGGAGUUCAACAUAAAUAUUGUAGAUAUGCAUGCUCGAGCAAAAUUGUAUAAUACAUCGGAUGAGAAGUGUAGAUAGUUAAAUAUGCAGAGCAUAAACAAGUAAUAUUAAUAUAUUAAUAUAUUAACUCGUUCAAAUAGUAUAUUAAAUACUAUCCUUCUAAUUUACUAGAAACCUUUAUUUAAUACUGAUGUGACUGCAUGAUUUCUAAAAAGAACUAACUUUAUAAGAAUAUUAUAUACUAUAGUUAAAAUUUAACAAAAGAACUCGGUCUAUUGCUCAAGUUUUAUUAUAUUAAAGUGGUAAAUGACAUAAUUUAAGUUUGAACUAUUAAAGUGUAUACCUAUAGAUGGAGAUUUUCAUAGAAAAAUUAGAUAAAAUGCCGUUCAUUAGCUUUUCAGACAAAAUUUUCCAGAUGGCAUUGCUAUAUAACUGAUUUAGUUUAUGUGUAUACAUUUUACAAAAACGUUAGUGAUGUAUUAUAAUAUUAGCGCUAGGAUUAUGUUAGAAAAUCAACAUUACCCUUAGAUUUAGAGUUAAGAAAAUAUUUUUAUCAUGACUUCAGGUUUCAUCUAUUGAAUUAAUAGGGAGGUUCGGAUUUGAUUUCCAAUACCGCUACCAUUAACCAAUCAGAUACAUUCAAUCUGCCCGAUUAACCAAUCAGAUACAUUCAAUCUGCCCAAUUAACCAAUCAAAUACAUUCAAUCUGCCCGAUUAACCAAUCAGAUACAUUCAAUCUGCCCGAUUAACCAAUCAGAUACAUUCAAUCUGCCCGAUUAACCAAUCAGAUACAUUCAAUCUGCCCGAUUAACCAAUCAGAUACAUUCAAUCUGCCCGAUUAACCAAUCAGAUAUAUUCAAUCUGCCCGAUUAACCAAUCAGAUACAUUCAAUCUGCCCGAUUAACCAAUCAAAUGCGUACGCAAGUGGGAGGCAGCGGUUGUGGAAAUUUAAUACUAGUGGCAGAAUCAGGAAUAUUAGAAGAUUAAGAAAUAGAAUUGCCAUUAUUCAUUAAGGUGAGGAUUACGUUAAGAAAUUAUUAUUGCAUGAGUGACUUCAUUUAAAUAUCCCGAAAUGCUGUAACAAGGAUUAAAUUUAGGAUUAAGAUUAUCGAUACGGAAAUUGACCGAUCAAAAUAAUGUGUGCUUCCGGGGGAGUACGUCACCUUGACCGUAGAGCCUCGUUCUUUCGAUUGCGUCACGAAUGUAAAGUUUGAAAUUCUUGUACAUGGGAAUUAAACCAACCAUUUACCUCGCUUUAAGGCUAUGUCAGUUUUCAACCUGUGUGCAUGUCAAUGUUUAUCAAGUGGUGCCAAGCGUACUCUCCCCAGUUUCUUUCCUUCAGUUCUCGUAUUAUUCUUGCUACCAUUGUGCAAGCUGUUCUCAAGAUUAAAGCCUUUGUUGCCUUGUAAGAUUACCGGAGGAAGACUGGACGCCACUUCCGGUGGCGGGAGAUCAUCAAGAUCAUCUGGUUUCUCAAAACGAGGCUUGGCUUUCCU